AUGCAAGGAGACCGAAUGUUGAGGGAACAGUUGCGAGUGCAGAACAAGCGUCAAAACGCACAGACAACCAUCCAAGAUGAGAAUAGCACUACCACUGCUAACAAACGGUAUAAACCGGACAACGGUGCACCCAACCAAAACAAGCCAGUGGGACAGGCACAAGAGAAGAGAGGGGCACGUGAAGAGCAUCGGUUCAGUAAAUGUCCCAAGAAAAAAGGAAAUCAAGCCAAACAGGCUGAGGAGCGGGCCAAGAAGGAUGUGCAAUAG